ACCGACUCCCAGGUUGGCAUCUUCCUCGCUCACGAGACGGCAGAAUAGCCGAUCGCGUCGACGCACCAUCCUCCUCUCUCUCUCUCUCUCUAUAUAUAUAUAUAUUUAUAUACAUCCUCCCCCGUCUCAGCUAUUCCAUCUUCUAACCCGAAGAAUUAUUGAUCAAGCCGUAUUAAGACCUGCCCGUCAAUUGGCAGACCGAGAAGUAUGCUUUUAAAAAGCAAGUCAUUGAAUUUAUUUAUUCACCGAUUUCUCCGGUAGAGGCUGGCCGGCCGAUUGGUUCUUCUUCGUAUAAGCCAGCUCCGGCCGGCCGAGCCGGCUCAUCCGAGAUGGGGAUCUGCAGCUCGUGCCAGGCGACGGCGGCGGCGGUGGAGGCGACGGCGACCGUGAAGGUGGUGUUGCAGGAUGGAAAGCUGGAGGAGUUCUCAAGGCCGGUCAAGGCAGCGAACGUGCUGCAGAAGGACCCCACGUGCUUCGUGUGCAACUCUGACGACAUGGAAUUCGGCGGCUUCGUCUCUGCCGUCAGUGCCGACGAGGAGCUCCAGCCAGGGCAGCUCUACUUCCUCCUCCCGCUCUCCGAGCUGAGGCGACCCAUCCGCGCCGAGGAGAUGGCCACACUCGCAGUCCGGGCCAGCGCCGCCCUCAUGUCCGGCGCCUCCUCCGCCUCCCGCUGCCACAAAGGCUCCUUGGCGCCCCUCGUAUUCCCUGCCGGGGGGCGCAGGUCCGGCGUUGAAGCUGGUGGAGGCGGAGGGGGCCGGGUGGCGAUGGCGGAGGGCGACAGGAGGCGGCCGAGGAGAGCCGGUGGCAGGGGACGUAGUUUCACGAGCAAGUUGAGUGCAAUUGCGGAGUAGAUGCUCACGAAGGUAACCGGAACAUUCCCUCCGAUCCUUGGAUUAGAUCGAUUGGAUACGGUAUUUUUGGUGAUCUCUUCGAGGUCAGUAAACCGGUAAACUUAAACUUGAUUGCAAUGUAUAAAGCGGGACCUCCACCUCCGCGUUAACGGAACGGGAAACAGCUGCACGUACAUAACCUUUGACCCAUAGAUUUUAAACUUGGACGGCCAAGAUUUAGUUAGAUUCUUGAUGAUCGGAUGGAGGAGACUCCUUAUAUUGUUCCGUUGAAUCACAAAAGUGAGCAGCAGCGCCGUUCAUGCUUGGUUGGUCUCUUCUGUGAAUGAUAAAUAAAUAGUGUAUAAAAAGCCUGAUACUUUUUUUGUAAA